AUGUCAUCCUCCAUUAGAGCUCUGGAUCCUUCUGUGGUCAAUAAGAUUGCAGCUGGUGAAAUUAUUAUAUCUCCCGUUAAUGCCUUAAAAGAGAUGAUGGAAAAUUCCAUCGAUGCUAGUAGUACAACUAUCGAUAUUCUCGUGAAGGAAGGUGGUAUUAAAUUAUUACAGAUAUCAGAUAAUGGUUCUGGAAUCAAUAAGGAGGAUUUACCUAUAUUAUGUGAACGAUUUACUACUUCAAAAUUAUCUAAAUUUGAAGAUUUGAAUGAAAUUAAUACAUAUGGGUUUAGAGGUGAAGCUUUAGCUAGUAUAUCACAUAUUGCAAAAGUGACAGUGACUACAAAGACUAGUGAUGAUAAAUGUGCAUGGAAGGUUUCAUUUGCACAAGGUAAGAUGAUUGACACUCCACAACCAAUUGCUGGAACAAAUGGUACUACAAUAUUAGUGGAAGAUUUAUUUCAUAAUAUGCCAUCAAGAUUAAGGUCAUUAAGAUCUGCUAAUGAAGAAUAUAAUAAAAUUCUGGAUGUUGUAGGAAGAUAUGCCAUUCAUUCUUCACAGAUAGGGUUUUCAUGUAAAAAAUUUGGUGAUUCACAAUUUUCACUCUCCAUAAGGGCAACAUUGAAUACAAAGGAUAGAAUACGAGCAGUUUACAAUAGUACUAUUGCUACAAACUUGAUUGAUUUUGAACUAGAUAAAAAGGAAGGAUUGCCAUUAGAUAAAUUAACAGGUUAUAUUAGUAAUAUGAAUUAUGUUUCGAAAAAGGCUAUCUCACCUAUUUUUUUCAUUAAUAAUAGGUUAGUUACAUGUGAUCCUCUGAGAAGAAUAUUAAAUCAGACAUAUUUAAAUUUUUUACCUAAGGGGAACAAACCUUUCAUAUAUCUGAGCCUAAUGAUUGAACCAACAUCUGUAGAUGUUAAUGUACAUCCUACAAAACGAGAAGUUAGAUUUUUAAAUCAGGAUGAAAUUAUUGAACAAGUAUCCUUUAAGGUUAAUGAAGAGUUAUCAAAAGUGGAUACUUCUCGUACUUUCAAAGCUUCAUCUAUACUGACAGGUUCUCAAUCUAUUGGACAAACAUCCGCAAUAGGUAGAUCACAAUAUUCAUCCCGUCAAAGUCAAUCGCAGGUAGACAUGACGUCAAAUAAUAUCUCACCAAUAACUCCAAACAAAAUUAGAAAAUAUGAAAAUAAAAUGGUGAGAACAGAUGCAUCACAAGCCAAAAUUACAUCUUUUUUGAAGUCUAGUCAAUAUGUUGAGACUAGAUCUCUAUCUAAGGAUAAUAAUAAUAAUGAAAUUUUUAAUCUUGAAGAAGAGGAUAACGAGGAUAAACAAAAUACCAAUAUUUCGUCAACGUCACCUAAUGUGGAGGAUGUCAGCGGAGAUUUAGGACGGUCAACAGAAGAAAAUGGAAAUAAUACAACCGGGUCUACUCAAUCUAAGUACCAAGGAAACGAUUUUAAUUACGUUGUGGUCAAGAAUAAAAGAACUUUAGUUAAUUUAUCCAGUAUUAAAGAAUUAAGAGAAGCUGUAGAUGAAAGAGCUCAUAAAGAAUUAACUAACAUAUUUGCAAAUCUGAAUUAUGUAGGUAUUGUAGACACAGAAAGAAGACUUAUCUCCAUACAAUACGAUUUAAAACUAUUUUUGGUCGAUUAUGGUGCAAUUUGUAAUGAACUGUUUUACCAAAUAGGUUUAACAGAUUUUUCAAAUUUUGGGAAAAUUAACUUGCUGACUGGGGAUCAAGAAAACUUAAAAUUAGUAAACCUAUUAUCCAUAUUCAAAGAGCUUUCUAAAGAGGAUGUAAAUGAAAUUAUAAGUUCUUUGUGGAAUAUGAAAGAAAUGCUAGAUGAAUAUUUUUCAAUAAAACUAAGCAUUGAUGAUAAUGGUGAAGACUUAAAUCAUGUUCAACUAGUGUCGAUACCCUUGUUGUUAAAAGGAUACAAUCCUUCUUUGGAAAAAUUACCCCUUUUUAUCCGUCGUCUUGGAACCAAGGUAGAUUGGGAAAGUGAAAUAGAUUGUUUAAAUGCUAUCCUUAAAGAAAUUGCAUUAUUAUAUGUGCCACCAAUCAUAAAAACUCUCGACCAAAAAGAUGAGAACAUAUCAGAUGAUCAGAUGAUCGAUUUUGUUAAUAAAUCUCAGUCCCUUGAAGGGACAUUAGAAAAUGUAAUUUUCCCUACUAUUAAGAGGAGAUUUCUCGCAACUAAUGAUCUUGUGAAAGAUGUUGUUGAAAUUGCAAAUCUUCCUGGUCUCUACAAAGUCUUUGAAAGGUGUUAG